AUGAAUCAAGACGAGAAUGCACAUCACUUGGCUGUAUCCGUAGCGCGUAUGGCCAGACUGAACACACGGAUUGACAGAGUUCAGGAUGCACUUCAAGAGUUUGGAACAGCCAGGAUAUCCUUCUCCGAUGCAACUCUGGAAUUGAAUCCCAGCCCCGAAAAGGAGGACGAUAUGCGACUCGCAAUGCUGCUGUUGAAGAGCGUCGAGGACACUGAUGAGCUGGAGACUACAGAGCAAGACUUUCUGCCCGAUUCGCAGGCAGAGCUGAAAGCUGUGUGGAAAUCAGAUUUGCUGCCGAUAGCACACAAUACACAAUUUUGGGACAGAAGGAGACAAGUACAGUGCCUGCAAAUGGCAACAAAACGCAGCGCCACCUCGGCCGAUGUCGAGGCUCUCAAACAAGCUCUAGCGAAGACCAAUGCCAGAGUGAUCGGCCCUUCUGACGAAGGCUACUCAGAAACUAUAGCACGCUGGUCCAAAGCUGCAGAGAAGGCAGCAGGAUUUUCUGUAGAGCCUACGAAUUCCGAACAAGUAUCGAUCGCGGUCAAGUACGCCUCUGACAACAAUCUGGACCUGGCUGUCAAAGGCGGCGGCCAUUCUACAGCUGGAGCCAGCAGUACUGAUGGUGGUGUACUCAUUAACCUGGGGCGAAUGAGAAAUGUCAAAGUGGAUGUGGGCGAGAAGCGGUUUCAUGUGGAAGGCGGUGCUCUUUGGUCUGAUGUUGAUGCAGCGGGGUGGGAAUACGGCCUUGCUACGGUUGGCGGCACGGUCGCGGAUACUGGUGUUGGCGGACUGACAUUGGGAGGAGGUUAUGGUCAUUUGACUGGCAAGUAUGGCCUGGUCAUCGACAAUGUCAUCUCGAUCACCACUGUGCUCGCAGAUGGAUCAAUCGUGAAGUCAAGCAAAGAUCAGCAUCCCGAGCUGUUCUGGGCCCUGCUCGGUGCUGGCCAAAACUUUGGUGUGUCUACAGAAUUCGUGUUCCAAGCAUAUCCGCAAGACGAACUCUGGGCAGGCAUGAUGAUUUUCCCACCUGUACCGGAGAUCGUAAAAGGACUAAUUGAAAAUCUCAACGAUCUGUACCAGGUGAAGGAGAGCCCGAAUGGAGCAGAAGCAAAAGCGAAGGGCAGAUGUGGCAGUUUGCUAGCCCUGGCCAAACCACCUCCGGCUGGUGGUCAGACUAUGAUUCUCCUACUUUCCGCCUUCAAUGGAACUGAAGAUGAGGGCAAGGAAGUAUUCAAGCCAUUCCUAGAUCUCGGUCCAGUGGAAAAUACCAUGGCGAUGCAGCCAUAUCCCAAGGUCAACGCUCUAGUGCCUACAAUUCAAGGCAUGCGAAGUAGCAUGAAAGGCGCCGCGUACCUUAUGCCAGUGCGUCCAGAGUUUGCCCUCGAGCUCAUCAGCAAGUACGACGAAUUCCUAUCCCAGACUCCAGACGCUGUGGCUUCAUUAGUAGCUUUCGAGUACUACGAUGCCACGGAAAUGACAAAGAGCGGCGUCGGGAGCUUUGCGAAUCGCGGCCACCAUCUCAAUGGCCUUGUGAUGCCCACUUGGUCAUCGAUCGAGCACGAUGCCACGUGUAGACAAUGGGCGAGAGACAUGAGCAAUCUUUUCAAGGUCGAGCUUGAGUCUCAAGGACAGGAUACGGGCGCUGGCGCCGCAAGGAGAGGGAAGAAGGGCGCCACGAUGCUUUAUGGAAAUUAUGAUGAUGUUUUUGGGGAUCAUUAUGAGCGUCUGCGAGGGAUUAAGGCGAAGUAUGAUCCUACGAAUAUUUUCAACAAGCUGUUCCCCAUCACGCCGGCUGCCGUGAAUGGAGGGAAGCUGUAGAUUAUUGUCGAGAUGCGAGAGAGAGCGCUGCAUAUUCUAGAUAGAGACUUAUUCAACAGUAUAAGGUUUUCUUCUUG